CAAACAAGAAGUGGGAAUUGUUGAUGUCUUUGGACAAGAAUGUUUGACCACUUAUGUGCCUCUUAGAGGAGACUCUGUUUGCGAAGAGCUGCCGGGGGUGCUGCAGGCCUUUUGGGCCCCCGCGUCGGCCCCCGCUGCUGCUGCUGCUGCUGCUGCUGCUGCUGCUGCUGCUGCUGCUUCGCUGGUCGUUGUGAUCACCCAGAAGAGCAUUGAGCUGUUCAAAUUUAUGCACAGCGGACGGACUCUGCAUGCAGUAAAGAAAGUGGCUCAAGUGUCUCUUUUGGCUUGGGUCUCUUCGCCGCCGCCUCGCCCUAGGGUGUCCGCAGCGCUGCCCAGCAGCAGCAGCAGCAGCAGCAGCACAGAGCAGCAGCAGCAGCAGCAGCAGCAGGCAGCAGCGCUUGCUGCUGCUGCAGCUGCUCCCGUGGUGUUCGUGGUGGCCGUAGGGCAGCGGACGCUGCAGCCAUUCCUCCUGGAGCCCCGCACUCUG